AUGGCGAGAAAGCAUGAAGAUGUUGAUUGGUUUUUUUGUGAAGUAUCUCGUAUUGUUACUUUCUUACGGUCAUCUAACAAAAGACAGGCUCUACUUCAGAAUAAACAAGUUGAUCAUUUUGCAAAUCUAAUUGAAAAUGAAUUGGUGGAAACUGGUACUGGUUUAAAUCAAGAGUUGUCCAUUGCAAAAGCUGGUGAUACACGUAGGGGAUCUCACUUUCAAACUCUUAAUAGGUUGGUUGAUUUGUUUACUCCUAUUAUUGAAGUGUUCGAAGAUUUGAAAAGUGAUAGUCAUUCUAAGGGUGAACCAAAAAGUUUGUUACUUGUUAUGCAAACUUUUAGUUUUGUGGUUAUGUUGCACUUAAUGGUUGACAUUUUAUCUUUGACAAAUAAUUUUUCACAAUCAUUGCAAAAGGGGGAUCAAGAUAUUGUGCAUGCCAUGGAACUUGUCCAAAUAUGCAAGAAAAAGUUGCAAGAAUUUAGAAAUGGUGGAUGGGAAACACUUUAUGAGAAACUUGUGGCUUCUCGUGGUAAUGUUGAAAUUGAUGUGCCUGACAUGGAGUGUCAAUAUGUGAAAGAUAAGAAAUCCAAAUGA